AGACUCAAUCGAGCUAUCCAUCGAUAAGGAUAAAUAUAAACCCUAGCUAUACAUCCUUUCUACCCUAGCUAUCUUCUUCUUUCGAUGACCAUAUUUCCUCUCAUCACAAAGAUGGCAAUAGAGAGACAACUUUAUUUUCUUCUUUUCACGUUUAUAUACAUACUAAUAUUCACGGCAGAAGCAGCCACCGUUAACUUCAGUGUUCUGACAUAUGGAGCAGUCCCCGAUGGUCAAACGGAUUCUACGGCCGCGUUUUCGGCUGCCUGGGCGGCAGCUUGUGCCUCCUCGGACGCCGCCGUCAUCCACGUGCCCGAGGGAAGGUUCUUAUUGGGCAGUGUGGUUUUCGAAGGGCCAUGCAAGAACAAUGACAUAAGGUUUAAUAUAAAUGGUGUUCUUGUGGCGCCUUCGGACUAUAAUGUCAUCGGAAGUGAGGGUAAUUGGGUCAAGUUCAGUAAAGUUUCUGGCGUUUCCAUAGUUGGCGGAACCCUAGAUGGCCAAGGUUCGAGUCUCUGGUCUUGCAAACACUCUCACGAUAACUGUCCGGAAGGAACUACGGCACUGAGCUUUUAUCACUCAAAUGAUGUGACUAUUAGCGGAUUAAAGUCUCAAAACAGUCAGAAGUUUCACAUUCUCAUUCAUGGAUGCGACAAUGCUCAAUUGGAAGAAGUUGAUAUCUCAGCGGCUGAAGAUAGUCCUAAUACGGACGGUAUUCAUGUCCAGAAGUCAUCUAACGUGAGAAUAUUACAUUCUAAAAUUGGCACUGGUGAUGACUGCAUCUCCAUCGGCCCCGGAAGUUCAGACUUGUGGAUCGAAGACAUCACUUGUGGUCCUGGUCACGGAAUCAGCAUUGGGAGCCUAGGUUGGGAAAUGGAAGAGGAAGGAGUACAAAACGUGACCGUCACCGGAGUUAGAUUCAGCGGCACACAAAACGGAUUUAGGAUCAAAACUUGGUCGCAGCCAAGUAACGGCUUCGUUAGAGGCGUCAAUUUUCAACAUGGCUUCAUGUCUGACGUCAGAAACCCCAUCAUCAUUGACCAAAACUACUGCCCCAACAGCAAUGGCUGCACUAACGAGGGUUCGGGCGUGAGGAUUAGUGAUGUGAACUACGAAGACAUACAAGGAACAUCAACAACAGAAGUGGGAGUGAAUUUGGAUUGUAGCUCGAGAGAACCAUGCAUGGGCAUAACGUUGAACAACGUACACCUGAGAUGCAAGGAAGAAGAAGCCCUAUCCUCUUGCGCCAACGCCCAUAUCACAUCCUCUGAUUCAUUUGUUAAUCCAUCCAGCUGCCUCACUGCCCGCUAGCUCCGCCCUUAAUUAGCUUUUGGAUCCAUGCCAGCUGGUGAUUCUAAAACCUAAUGUUUUAGACUUAGCUUUUACUAGAUUAUUAUUAUUAUAUGGAAUUAAUGUAGUCAUUAGUUAGCUAGUUAAUAUUAAUAUAGUCAUUAACGUAACGAAUUGGUUACGUUAACACACGUAGUCAGUAGUUAGACUUUAAUCAUACUCAAUAGUUUAAUUUGUAGUUUUGAUAUUUCAAUAUAGAUUUUUAUACGUACUAUUGAUACGGAUUAUAGAUUUACGACUAUUUCAAUUUGCGGUUUUUAUGGUUGAGUGAUGAUAAAGUUAUACUA